AUGUCCAGAUGGUACGGCAGCACGAUGCAGCGCUACUUCUAUUCGCGCGACGUUCUAUGCACUUCGGUCGGUAGCGAUCUUAUACAAAGCAAGCAGAAGGCUAAGCUUGCGCUCAAAAAUAGCAGAUGGUUUACCCGUGGAUGGACACUGCAGGAGCUUCUCGCACCGUCUAUAGUAGAGUUCUUCUCUAAAGAAGGGACCAAGCUUGGCGAUAAGCUGUCGCUAGCAAAAGAAGUGUGUGAAGUUACAGGCAUCUCUAGUCCAGCGCUGCAGGGUGAACCGCUGUCUAACUUUAGUGUUCAUGAACGCGUUACCUGGAUUGAACAUCGCACUACAACGAUUCCAGCAGACCGUGCAUAUUCCCUGAUGGGUAUUCUCGGCGUCAGCUUGUCCCCGAUCGAUGACGAGAAUCUAGCUGAAGCAAUGAAGCGGGUUCUAGACGAGGUUGACAAGCAGAACAAGUGCCUCCAAGACUUGUGUCCUAGCAACCCGCGCGAUGACAAGAAGCGGAUUGAGGAGACUAAAGGCGGGCUACUUGCGGGCGCUUACCGCUGGGUCCUUGACAACAAUACCUUCCAGCAGUGGCAGCAAGACCCAGAGAGCCGACUACUGUGGGUGAAAGGUGAUCCUGGCAAAGGCAAGACGAUGCUGCUGUGUGGCAUUAUCGACGAACUGCAAAACUUGACGCCGAAACCUACCCUUUUUUCAUACUUUUUCUGCCAAGCGACCGACACGCGCAUUAAUAGUGCCACGGCUGUGCUGCGAGGCUUGCUAUACAUGCUUGUGCACCGGCAGCCGUCACUUGCAUCGCACGUUCGCAAGAAGCACGACCACGCUGGCAAAAGCUUAUUCGAGGACGCGAAUGCCUGGGUCGCCCUAACGGAAAUCUUCGCCGACGUGCUGCAAGAUGCAGGCCUAGGCACAACGUGCCUAAUUAUUGACGCGCUCGACGAAUGCGCGACAGACUUACCAAAAUUGCUCAGCUUUAUCGCGAAGCACUCGUCUGCGUCCUCUCGCGUCAAGUGGAUCGUGUCUAGUCGCAACUGGCCAGAUAUUGAGGAAGAACUGGAGCGUGCUGAGCACGAAAUGAGGCUUAGCCUUGAGUUGAACGCCGAGUCGGUAGCUGCAGCAGUAGAUGUGUUUAUCCGGCAGAAGGUGUGUCGCCUGGCCCAAGAGAAGCACUACACGCCAGAGGUGCAAGACGCG